CACGCCCAGCUCACAGAUACCACGGCAGCCUUCUCCAACCUCCCUUCUACAGCUUAUCCUAUCUUCCCUCACAUUCUAGAGUGUCCUACAGCAGCAGCCUCAACAACUGUAGCAACACGUUAACAACAACAACCAGAACCACAGCUACCCAAGCACCAACAGACCAGCUACCUACACACUCUCUCAUCACGCAAACAGCAGCGCUGCUCGUUUUCUUCCAUCUCGAAUGACAAACGAUCUACGAAAUCACGCCCCACUACCGGCUCCCUCGGGCUCUACCGCGCAUAUGCAGAAUGGUCAUGUCCGCAACAUGUCAGGGCUUCCGCCUUUCGACAUGGCCCGCAGCCCUCCGAAUCCUACCAGCAAGAAUACCAAACAUGUUCCCUGCAAAUUCUUCCGGCAAGGAGCCUGUCAAGCUGGCCCCGCCUGUCCUUUCCUCCACUCAACCGACUCCACCAUCGAUUCCGCUCCUUGCAAGUAUUUUACAAAGGGAAACUGCAAGUUCGGAGCAAAGUGCGCACUAGCGCAUAUCCUCCCGGAUGGGCGGCGCGUUAACAGACCAAAUCUUCCCAUGGGAAUGAGCGGCAGCCAUCUAAAUCUAGGUGGUCGUGUAAAUCCCCCACCGUACCACACCCAAGACUCCGCCCUCGCAAACUCCCUACUCUCCCAACAACGGAUAAAUGGUCAUCCCGCGCGAUUCUCGUAUCCGUAUCCAGGCCAGGAAGAUAUAUAUGACCAAACCCAGCAAGCGCCCAGCCCUUACGAUGUUGGUAUCCCGACGAUAGAUGCGGGGCUUGUGUCCGAUACAGGCUCCAAGUACGGCUCCCCCAUCGAGGAACCGAGGCUCCCAAUGUCACCAAUCGGUCGCACAGCUCUCGAUGCGCCUCUGCCAGCCUCUUUCGAUAGCCAGGGAAUAUCAUACAUGGCACGACAUGGCCCCGUAGCUGCCUCCCUUCCCUCCAAAUUUGGCCUUGAUCUGUCCUCACCCCCUCCCCAACGGGCCGGACCCCCUCCGGACGUGGUCCGUAAUCUUCAUGAUAUUGCAUUUGGAUUUGAUUCGCGGAAGCCAUCGAAUCUCGGCUCCUCGCCCCCCGUCUUUCACGAUGAGGGAUCGGCCCCCCGAUUGAUGCAUUCGCAGCGUGUGACAAGAACCAAGAUCCUUUCAGCAAGCCUGCCGCGUCCAACCGCUUUGAGUGAUUGGGAUGACAGCUUCACUCUAGAGGAGGAUUACUUGCCGACGAACUUGCACGACGAUGUGCUUACCCCACAAGAAAGGAUGAGACGGCUGUCACGGACGGAGCAAGAUAACAACAGCAGCACUAGGGAUUUCAGUGGCCUAGGUAUACCCGGAACGGGGUCCAGCAAAGUCGGGUCACCACUUGCCUCCAGCCCAUCACGAUUUGGUGCAAUAUUUGCGAAACAGCGACAGAGGAAAGAGGAGGAAGGCCACGGCCUAGGUCAUGUUGGCUCUCCCCUUCGCGAAUCGUCCUUGAAUUUCCAAGCCGCCAGCCCCAGCCCCAAUCUACGCCCGAUCGGCAGCCGCCCUAGCUCCGGAGAUGUCUCCCCUUUCAUUGCCAGCCCUUCCCGCCAAUCUUCCAUGUCUAUGAUCUCGCAACAGCUCAGCAGCACCUCGCUACAUCCCAGCUCAGCCCGACACGCCUCUUCAGUUGGCGUGGGUGGCAGCGGCCUUGGCUCUGGUUCUGGACGACUGGACCGCACCAUUUCCUCUCCCAUCAGCACCAGCAGGAUCGAUGAGGAACAGAGUGAUCUUGUUUUUUCCAUGGAAGAAGAGGAAAAUAACAAACGGAAUAGCGUCAUCUGGAAUACGAAUACGAAUAACGAUAACCACAACACCAAUACCAAUACCAAUACCAGCGUCACAAGCGGGAAUAAUGUUGCUAGUAUUAAUAAUAACAGGCCCUCGACGAGCAAGACCACAGAUAGUGCCUCGACGGCGACUAAUGAAAGAAGGGGUCAGUCUCAGCGACAGCAACAGGAGCACGCCGUGGCUACUGCAACAAUACAGAGUCAGCUAGAGAGUAGUGGUACGAAAGGGAAGACACUUCUAAAGGAGAUGGAGUCGCUCUAUGGUGGGGGACGCGCAUAAAAAUUUUUGAGAAAAUCCUUUUGACAAAGUUGAACAAAAAAAAGUUUUCUAUGUUUUAUCACCUGACAAUUUCCCGGACAUUUACAUAUAAUAUUAUAUAUACUUUUAUUAUCAUUAUUACUAUCAUUGUUAUUAUUCCAUUUGCUCUUUUGAAUAUUUAUGUCAACUUCACUUAUUCAUGAAAGUUUAUUAUUUUAUAUACUUUGUUUUGUUAAUGUGCAUCUUUUGCUCCUGCUUUCAAUUGCUGGCUUCUCAUAUACUGUUUCUCACUUAACUAUCUCAAAUCAUUAAUUCUUCUUUGAUUUUCCAUUCCCACUCAGUAUGGGAUGAGAAUUUGUGGAAAUAUGAAUCAAAGAGUGGAAAACUGCAUUCAUC